UUCUGUGUACUGUGUAUCUAUCAAAAAAUUUACCACAUAUCUAUAAUAGAAAAAUUGACUAUAUAAAUUUAAAUAUUAUUUGUAUAUUAACUUGAGUCUGAUCUUCCCCAAGAGCUCACAUCGACGGGAAGAUUUGGCUUUUCGGGGUAAAGAUUAUGUCGUCACGAUACAUAAAAUAUUCAACCAGAGCGGUUAUAGAAGAGUUCAGAAGGAUCUGAUCGUAGAUAGAGACUUCAACCUGCCCAGUUGCUUCCUUUCCAGUCGCUUCCUAAAAUUCUGGAUCCCUACCCAUCAAUCAUCCAACACAACCAACUAUUCAUAUCAUCUUUCAAUAGUUCCAACCUAUUCUGUGGAUCAAGAUAGCCUUAGUCCAUUACUGAAAUUCAGGGAAAAGGUCCGGUUUUUUCCGGAAGGAAUGAGACUUCUUAAACAAAAUGAACGAAGGCCCAAUGGCUUUUAUCCAUCAGACAUGAAUGAAAGGGGAUGCUAUGUUGUGCCUAGUAGUACCCGAAGCAUUGACAUUGAAAGAAGUCCAUCUUCAUCAAAGAACAAAGUAGUAGAAGAUCAAGAGGCUCAAGAGAUAGUGCUAAAAGUUGAUAUGCACUGUGAAGGUUGUGCUAGAAAAGUUGCUAAAGCCUUGAAAGGCAUUCAAGGAGUAGAGGGAGUAACGACGGAUUACAAGACGAGUAAGGUGGUGGUGAAAGGCAAAAAUGCAGAUCCACUUAAAGUGUGUGAAAGGGCAGAAAGGAAAAGUGGUAGAAAAGUUGAACUUAUUUCACCUUUGAAGAAGACACCUGAUGAAAAUAUAAAGGAAGAAGAUAUUAAGAAAGAAGAAGAGCCCAAAGAAGAGAAAAAAGAUGAGCAGCCUCCUCCAGAAAUAACAGUUGUGUUGAACAUUCAAAUGCAUUGUGAUGCUUGUGCUCAAGUUUUGCAGAAACGAAUCCGCAAAAUCAAAGGUGUAGAAUGUGUUACUACAGAUCUUGAAAUAAGUCAAGUAAUUGUAAAAGGUGUCAAUAUCGACCCAGAAAAGCUAGCAAAUGAUGUAUAUAAGACAAGUGGAAAACAAGUUUCAGUUGUAAAUAAUAUUAUUCCUAUUGAAGAGAAAAAGGAAGAAGAAGAGGAGGAAAAAGAAGAAGAAAAAGGAGAAGAUAUUAUGAAGAAUUAUAAUUUGGCUCAAAAAUACAACAAUAAUAUGGAGUACUAUGCUAAUUAUUCCCCUGAAAUUUUCAGUGAUGACAAUCCUCAUGCUUGCUCUCUCAUGUAACUUAAUUUUCAGGCCAAUUUAAUUUUUAUAUACUGGUAAUUAAUUA